AUGAAUAAUAUGCAUUCCACCCCUUUGACGUCACAAAGCAAGGCUUCUACUCCUAAUCGUGGGCUCAAAUCACCCACAUCAGAGACCUCGACAUCGAUGACCCCCACGAUCGUUCCAAAAGCCAAAAGACGUGGACUUCUGAGUCAACUAACGCUCAUUUCUGAAUUGGAAAAUUCGAAAGAGUACAGCAGAAGCAUCAAAUGGCUCAUCACCUUCACCGUGUCAGCAGGAGCUGCAGUCAUUACCACUGGCGAAAACAUCUUCUACCCCUCAUUGCAAGAUACAGCAUCGGACCUCCACACCAGUCUCAACUUAGCAGACUUGACCCUUUCCCUCUCCAAAAUUGGCAUAGCGUUCUGCCCCCUCUGGUGGUCUGCCUUUUCAGAGCACUUAGGCCGGCGCACAGUUUACAUUGUCUCCUUUUUUCUUUUUGUGCUGUGGAGUGUACUAGCCGCAAUUUCAAAAAAUAUCGGCAUGCUUCUCGCCAUGCGUUUUUUGAGUGCUAGCGCUGCCUCAUCCUUCCAAUCAGUGGGUGCGGGUACUGUUGCAGAUAUGUGGGAGCCCAAGGAACGCGGUGCUGCAAUGGGUAUCUAUUAUUUGGGAAACCUGGGUGUGGGCUUGGUGCUGGGCCCGCUGCUCGGUGGAAUACUGACAGAAACGUGGGGAUGGAGGGCCACGCAGUGGUUUUUGGCAAUCUACGGAGGCGUCGUCUUGGUCCUUAUCAUUUUCAAUCUGCCCGAAACCUCGCCCAGGCAGACAGUCAUUACCGUCCGACUCGAAAGAUCUCGCAGCAACUCACAAUCUACUGAAAAUGAGCCUGCUCCUCCAAUAACACGCUUCAAUCCAGGCGUUGUCGGCGACAUUUUGAUCGGACCCUUCCACGCAUUAGAAUACCUCCGCUUUCCCGCCAUAACAAUUACAAUCUACAUCGCCAGCAUAGCCUUUGGUACUACCGGCCUGCUCAACAUUUCCUACCAAUCCACCUUCUCGCGUCCGCCGUACUCGUUAUCGCCAACAGUCGUAGGGUGCAUUUACAUACCCAUCGGCGUCGGGUGCCUGUUGGGAAGUGUUUAUGGAGGCAAAUGGAGCGAUUCGAUCAUGGCGCGGGAAGCGAGGAAGGCGGGAAGGUACAGAGAUGAGAGCGAAGGCGGGGGCUUGAUCUACAGGCCGGAAGACAGGGUAAGAGGUAAUGCGUGGCUGGGCGUUGGGGUGUUUGCCUCGUUGUUGGUUUGGUACGGAUGGGUGGUGCAGCAGGGUGUCGUUUGGUGGGUUCCCAUGAUCGCCGGCUUCCUCUUCGGCGCCUCCAGCAUGAUACUCUUCGGUCUCGUCACCACCAUGGUCACCGAGCUCCUCCCCAACAAACCCGCAUCCGGCGUCGCCCUCAAUUCCAUGGGUCGCAACCUCUUCGCCUGCGUCGGUUUUGCCAUCGCGCAGCCGCUGAUUGACGUCAUGGGUAAUGGGUGGUUGUUCACUGCUGCGGGGAUCGUGAUGCUGGUGACGGGAAUGUUGGCGGUGGAAGGGUUGAGGAGGUAUGGAGCAGGUUGGAGGGAGGGGAUGAGUGGGAGGAUUCCUUGA